AUAUAUUAAGAAAACAGAAUUUUAUUUUUAAUGAAUUCUGUAGUUAAGUCUCAAACAAGUGGCCUUCAAACCAUUCUUAGAGGAAAAUGGAAGAUUAAGAGACUAAGAACCGGGUAUAUAUUUAUUAGAAGUUCUUUUGCAUUUGAAUGAAAAUCAAUCAUUUUGAACUUUGUAAGGAGGUUUUAAUAUUGCAUGUGUAGUAGCAGACAUCUGAGUUUCUUCUGGAGUUUUCUGAUUUCCCUUUCCUGAGAUUCUUUGCUCUUUUUCUUUCAAGAGGCCUAGUCAAUCUAUGUUAGAGCCUUAUUUUUCUCCAGUUGGUUUUUGGUUAGUUAGCUCAUGUCUGAGCACCUUUGCAGAAACAAACAUUUGUAAACUGCCUUCUGCUUUUUUGCUUGUUCGAGACUAUUUUCAUUGCUAAUGACAUAGUAUGGAUUUUAUUCAUAGUUUUGUUUCAAGUUAGAGGGAUUUCAUCUAAUUGAUGGCUUUGCUAACAGUGAAAUGUUUCAGCAAAUGGCAAAAGGUGGGUGUUUGUGUGAGAGCAUGUGUCCUUUCUUUUUUCUAUUUAACUGUAGGAAGUCCACUAUGAUGAUCUUGUUGAAUUUUAUCACAUCCCAAUGGCAGUACCCUGAAACAUGAAUUAAAUGAAGUUUCUACCCUCCUAAUUCAUUGGAAGUUAAACCUCAGAGAGGACAAGCCAUAGUUUACCAUCCUGUCUGCUCUGGAAUUAUGUGAAACAAACGAACAAACAAACGUGCUUGUGAGGGUGUGAUAGGUAUACAGCUGGUUGUUACCAUGGUGAUGGCCAGUGUCAUGCAGAAGAUUAUACCUCACUAUUCUCUUGCUCGAUGGCUACUCUGUAAUGGCAGUUUGAGAUGGUAUCAACAUCCUUCUGAAGAAGAAUUAAGAAUCCUUGCUGGGAAGCAGCAGAAAGGAAAAAGUAAAAAAGAUAGAAAAUACAAUGGCCAUAUUGAAAAUAAGCCACUAACCAUCCCAAAAGACAUUGACCUUCAUCUAGAAACCAAGUCUGUUACAGAAGUGGAUACUUUAGCACUGCAUUACUUUCCAGAAUACCAGUGGCUGGUGGACUUCACUGUGGCUGCUACCAUUGUGUAUUUAGUAACUGAAGUCUAUUACAGCUUCAUGAAGCCUACACAGGAAAUGAAUAUCAGCUUAGUCUGGUGCCUCUUGGUUUUGUCUUUUGCAAUCAAAGUUCUAUUUUCAUUAACUACACACUAUUUUAAAGUAGAAGAUGGAGGUGAAAGGUCAGUUUGUGUCACCUUUGGAUUUUUUUUCUUCGUUAAAGCAAUGGCAGUUUUGAUCGUAACAGAGAACUACCUGGAGUUUGGACUUGAAACAGGGUUUACAAAUUUUUCAGACAGUGCAAUGCAGUUUCUUGAAAAGCAGGGUUUAGAAUCUCAGGGUCCUGUUUCAAAACUUACUUUCAAAUUUUUCCUGGCUGUUUUCUGUUCACUCAUUGGGGCUUUUUUGACAUUUCCUGGAUUACGGCUGGCUCAAAUGCAUCUGGAUGCCCUGAAUUUGGCAACAGAAAAAAUUACACAAACAUUACUUCAUAUCAACUUCUUGGCACCUUUAUUUAUGGUUUUGCUCUGGGUAAAACCAAUCACCAAAGACUACAUCAUGAACCCGCCAUUGGGUAAAGAAAGUGUCCCUUUAAUGACAGAAGCCACAUUCGAUACUCUUCGACUCUGGUUAAUAAUCCUGCUAUGUGUUUUGCGGUUGGCCAUGAUGCGAAGUCACCUGCAAGCAUAUUUAAAUUUGGCCCAGAAAUGUGUGGAUCAAAUGAAGAAAGAAGCGGGCCGAAUAAGUACAGUCGAGCUACAGAAAAUGGUGGCGCGAGUCUUUUAUUACCUGUGUGUCAUUGCCCUGCAGUAUGUGGCACCUCUGGUGAUGCUGCUUCACAUGACUCUGCUUCUGAAAACACUAGGUAAUCAUUCCUGGGGGAUUUAUCCAGAAGCUGUCUUUCCCUUGCCAGUGGAUAAUAAUCUCCCCUCCAACUCGAUUUAUCCUGAACUACCUUCACCUGAUGGGAAGAUGAAGGUAACUGUUACACAGAUCACAGUGGCACUGAGCAGCUUAAAAAACAUCUUCACGCCUCUCCUUUUUCGAGGACUUCUGUCAUUUUUGACAUGGUGGAUUGCUGCUUGCCUCUUUUCUACAAGCCUUUUUGGGCUUUUCUAUCAUCAGUAUCUGACAGUGGCAUGAAUUUCAGGCAACAGAUCUCCAAGUCUCACUUUAAAUUCAAAUAUCUGUGCCCUUGAAGGGCUGACAAAAGAAGAAUGCAAAUACAACGGAGAAAAAAUUAUUGGAGUGUCUUGUUUUGAAUGCUUCCUCUGGACUCUCAGGGUGAAUUAGUGUUGUAAUAUUUAAAACUCAUGAGAUAGGUUAUUACACUGUUACACUGUGCAUUGGAAUUGUAACUCUGUGAGAACUCAUGUGAGAGGGCUAUCUGCAGGGGUAAUCCUUCCGAUGACCUUGGUUUACAGUUGCAAACCUCCAACAGUCUUUUAGACUUCCAGGACUCCAGUUACUGACUGCUUUUCAUGGUGUUGUGGUACUGCUAUUACUUGUAGUUGCUGCCUACAGAACAAUCUUCAAACUGAGCCAUGCUCGAGGGAAGGGAAAGGAACUAAAAUUACUUCUGUUGGUAAUAUAUUAGUCUUCAAAAAAAAAAAAAAAAUCCAACAGAAAGGAAGAGAAAGCUACUGUAUAUUACAGUAAGAGAAGCUGCAUAGUCAUUUUAAAUUGAAUGGAGAUAUAAAUCACCUAUUAUCUACAAGUACUGUUACUUGAGAGUAGCAGGAAUAUUAUUUUAAAGUGUAUGCUACCCAGCUUGAAAGUUCUUUUUAAAUGAUUGGCCAUAUGAACAUCAGCAGUCUCACCGUUAGUUUUGGGCCUGCUGUAUUUAAUUUUUUCUUUGAUUCUAAAUAGUUACGUUUAAUCUAAAAAUAUUUAUCAAUACUGAUCAAAUUUGAGAAUUACUUUGUAAUCCUGCUGACUACGUGUAUGUAUUGUAUAUAUAUUAUAUAUUAAAUAUAUAAUAUAUUGAGGUUAUAAAAGAUGAAGAUAUUGAAUCCUUAUAAUAUUUUAAGUUUCAGAAUGUACAUUAAACAGUGAUUUGAAUGAAAUGUAUUUGUAUCUAGAAAUUUCUGUUUGGAAUGAGAUUAAAAUACGUUUUUUAAAGCUCAA